UAUAUAUAUAUAUUAUAUUGUUAACCUGUAUCUGUUAAGAGUCAGCAUAUAGCAAUAAACUUCAAUGGGUGAAGAACAGAAAGUGGAAGAGCCAAAGGCAGAAGAAGUGAAGGCAGAUGAAGUGAAGCCAGAGGAAAAGAAAGAAGAGGCGAAGCCAGACGAAAAGAAAGAAGAAAAUGGUGAAGAGAAACCUCCUGCUGAAGAGAAGAAAGAAGACGAACCAAAACCACCCUCUCCCUUGGUGUUGUAUAUAGAUUUGCAUUGUGUUGGAUGUGCCAAAAAGAUUGAGAAAUCACUUCUGAGAAUUCCAGGAGUGGUGGCGGUGGAGACAGAUAUGGUGAAGAACCAAGUGACUAUAAAGGGAGUGGUGGAACCACAAGCAGUUUGUGACAAGAUAACGAAGAAAACGAAGAGAAGCGCCAAAGUGUUGUCUCCUCUUCCAGCCGUCGAGGGUGAACCCAUCCCUCAAGUGGUUGCAUCUCAGGUCCCUGGUUUAACCACCGUCGAGUUGAACGUCAAUAUGCACUGUGAAGCCUGCGCUCAACAACUCAAGCGCAAAAUCCUCCGAAUGAAAGGUGUAAGAACAGUGGAGACAGAAGUGAGUUCAAGUAAAGUGAUGGUGACAGGGAGUAUGGACGGAGAGAAGCUGGUGGAGUAUGUGUACAGGCGCACCAAAAAACAAGCAAAGAUCGUACCACAACCGGAGCCGGAGCCGGAGCCGGAGCCGGAAGCAGAAGCAGCAGCGGCUGAGAAGCCCAAAGAAGAAGAAGCUGCGGCUAAAGUGGAAGAGAAACCGGCAGAAGAAGGAAAGCCGGAAGAGAAAGCAGGUGCGGAAGAAGAGAAGAAAGAAGGGGAGGCAAAGAAGGAUGGAGGAGAGAAGAUGGAGUUGGUUGAUAUGCAGAGAAUGAUGUAUUAUCAUCAGUACCCGCCGCUUUACGUGAUGGAGAGAAUCCCACCACCACAACUGUUUUCCGACGAGAAUCCCAAUGCAUGCUCCAUUUCUUGA